AUGAAGCAAUCCUUCUCACUUGCUUGUAGCACCGCCAUGGCAUGCAUUGCGGCUUGCCUCUUACUGACGACCCUGCAUGCUGCUCCACUUGACAAACGAAGCAUCCCAUCUUGUUAUAAAUCCUCGGUCAGACUGACCUACUAUUGGAUCCCUAAGGAAGGCGACAAGGACAUGAACAACAAAGGCAAGAGUAUCACACUCAGUGGGUCAAAAACAAAGAAACUCAAGGACAAGAACAGCAAAGAGAUUUCUAAAGUAUCCAAGACUACCUAUAACAAGUUCCAAAUGGAAGGCACAGGCUUACUCAAGUCAGGUAUCAUGGUCAACUUGGGGUCAGGCGGCAAAAACGUCUUUAUGAAGGUCGAUCGUAAAAAGACGCCCUAUGGUUUGGGAUCCAACAGUAAAGCACUGACACCUUGGGCCAGUGUCGCCUCCAACGAUAUCAAAUUAGGCACAACAUUGUAUAUCAAGGACUUGGAUGGCGUCUCACUCCCCAAUGGCAAGAAACACAAUGGUUGCGUGCGUGUCGAUGAUCGUAGCUGGAGUAUGGGUGGCUGUCAAAUUGAUUUCUUUGUACUUCAGUUCUCUGCUUAUCAACAGCUCAACAGGAAGAUCUCUUCUAAAGUCAAGGUUGUUGAAAAGUCCUGCAAGGUUCAGGAUUAUGUAAAUUCCAAUGUUAAAAAGUGGGCUGUGCUUACUUAA